UUGAAAGAAAAGUUACAACCAUUGGGACUGACAGUGCACGCAAUAUGAUUGCUGCGGCUCGUAUUCUACCAUACGAGCAUAUGCCCUGUAUCGCGCACGUCAUACAGAGAAGCAUCACUGUGAGUCUCGCUGACAGCGGAUUUGUUCCUGCAUUAGCCAAGUGUCGCAAGAUUGUGGGACAUUUUAAACACAGCCCGGCAAACUUAACGGAGCUGAAUGCAGAGCAGGUGAAACUCGGACAGCAGCAGGAGCCACUGAUCCAAGACGUUCCAACGCGGUGGAAUUCCACACUUGAAAUGGUCAAACGCAUCAUCCCCAAUCAAGCAGCAAUAAAAGCAACCCUGGAUCAACAGCAGCAUAAUCUCGUCAUGCUGACGCCAGCAGAAUGGGAUAAACUCCAGAGACUGGAGACCCUUCUAGAGCCCUGCCGGUAUGUGACUCAGAUCCUGGGUGGGGAGGCCUACGUCUCCUGCUCAGUGGUACUACCUGCCCUCUGCCACUUACACCGUGUAAUGGAAACUUCUGAUGAGGACCCUGCAUACAUGAUUAGAUUUAAGACCAAAUUCAAAGACGACCUAGGCUCCCGCCAAGAACACACCAACAAUGCAUGGCUCAAGAUUGCAACCGCACUGGACCCACGUUUUAAGGACUUGAAAAGUGUGCCCAAGGCAGACAGAGAGGAGGUGUGGACCAAACUUGGAGGCCUUCUGCGUGAAUCACCUGGAAGACCUUCACACACUACUGAAGAUGGGCCACCCAAGAAGAAAAUGAACCUUCUUCUACAGCUGGGCUCAGAUUCAGAAUCAGAUGAAGAGGUACAGCCUGACAGAGCCUUACACAGGUACAGAGCAGAGCCCACCAUUGAAAUGACGGACUGUCCCUUGCAGUGGUGGUCAUCUCAUGCAGGAGCCCAUGACAAGCUGGCUCCGUUGGCUCGGAAAUAUCUAGCCACUCCUGCAUCCUCAGUUCCCUGUGAAAGACUCUUCUCACUUGCCGGUCACAUUGUGCAAAAGAAGCGGUCAGCUUUACUCUCAGAAAAUGUGGACAAAUUGGUUUGCCUCAGUAACUGGCUAAAGGAUGAAUAGAGAAGCGGGCCACAUGUAAUUGUGUAGGCCAUGUUCUUUUGGUUUGAUAAAAAAGAGAAAUCUCUUUGUUUUUCCUUUGUUGAAGAGAAAUGGCCAAGAUGGCUAGUGUGUUACAGAAGGAGACACCAUCCUAUUUUGUUUUACUAUUUCAGUUUCAUUUAAAUAAGA